UCAAAGGCCAUAGCAAAUGCUAGCAGAGAAAGUAAUGAAGCCUUUGAAAAUGGCAAGUUUAUCUAAUUUCAUUUGCCAUGGAUUGCUACUUCCCAUUCUUUUACUAUUACUAAAGUUUUCAGCUCAACAUGCCAAGUGUGGUAACAUAGUGAAGUACCUCCCUGGGUUUGAGGGACCUCUUCCUUUUGUGCUUGAAACUGGGUACAUAGGUGUGGGUGAAAAUGAAGAUGUGCAGGCUUUCUACUAUUUCAUUGAGUCAGAGAACAAUCCUAAGGUGGAUCCUCUCAUGCUGUGGCUCACCGGUGGUCCUGGCUGCUCUGCUUUCUCUGGCCUUGUCUUUGAAAUUGGUCCAAUUACAUUUAAAAUUGAGGAAUACAAUGGAAGCCUGCCUAAUUUGGUCUUGAGGCCACACUCAUGGACAAAAGUAAGUAGCAUUAUAUUUGUAGACUUGCCUGUAAAUACAGGCUUCUCAUAUGCCACAACAGAAUCUGCUUCUCACCGGACCGAUUGGUCAUUAGUUCACCAAACCCAUCAAUUUCUUAGAAAGUGGCUAAUUGAGCAUCCAGAAUUUUUCUCCAAUGAAGUUUACAUUGGUGGUGAUUCAUACUCUGGCAUUCCUAUUCCUGUAAUAACUCAUGAAAUUUCUCAAGCAAAUGAAGAAGGAAUACAACCAUGGAUUAAUCUUCAGGGAUACCUGCUGGGGAAUGCUGCAACAACCCGAACUGAGAAAAACCAGGAAAUCCCAUUUGCUCAUGGAAUGGGACUUAUUUCUGAUGAACUCUACAAGUCAUUGCAAAAAAAUUGCAGAGGAGAAUAUGCAAACAUAGACAUUGCAAAUGUGUUAUGUUCACAAGAUCUGAAGUCCUAUGAGGAUACCAUAUCAGGACUUUGUAAAGCCCAUAUUUUGGAGCCAAACUGUGAGUUAGGUUCACCAAAGCCAGUGGAUCUUCCUUGGAAGAGAUCUCUGAUUGAUAACUAUUAUUCAUGGUCUAACAAUAAUCGACUCGCAUUGCCACCUUUAACCUGUCGGAGUUAUGGGUACUUCCUCAGUAGUUAUUGGGCUAAUGAUGGCGAAGUUCGCAGUGCCCUGAACAUACAUAAGGGAACGAAAGCGAAAUGGCAACGAUGUACCUUCGAUAUACCUCACAAGGAGGAUAUCCCUAGCAGCUUUCCAUAUCAUGUGAAGCUCAGUAAGAAAGGUUACCGUUCACUGAUAUACAGUGGCGAUCAUGACAUGAUGAUUCCUUUCUUGGCAACUGAAGCAUGGAUAAGAUCUUUAAACUACUCCAUCAUAGAUGAUUGGAGGCCAUGGCACACAAAUGGCCAAGUUGCAGGAUAUACAAGGACUUACUCCAAUGCAAUGACAUUUGCAACUGUCAAGGGUGGUGGCCACACAGCUCCAGAGUAUAAGCCUGAAGAAUGCUUGAACAUGUACAGUAGAUGGAUGUCUAGGAUGGCUUUGUAGUAAUUAACCAAAUAAGACCAAUUACAAAGGUGGUUACUGGGUAGGAUAAAAUGGUGUCCAUUUUGUAUCACAGUUAUAAUGAAUCAUUUGUGUACCUUUCUCAAGCUUGCAAAUGGUAGUGCACAUUGUCUAUUUCUCAUUCUUUAAACUCAGAAGUGAUUUCUGUCUUCAAAUGUAUAUUAUU